AUGAACCUCCUCAACAUGGACGCGGAGAACCGCGUGGUCCUGAACGUAGGAGGGAUUCGUCACGAGACGUACAAGGCGACUCUGAAGAAGAUCCCGGCGACCAGGCUCUCCCGGCUGACGGAGGCGCUCGCCAACUACGACCCCGUCCUCAACGAGUACUUCUUCGAUAGGCACCCUGGAGUCUUCGCCCAGGUCUUGAAUUAUUACAGAACGGGCAAGCUCCACUACCCUACAGACGUCUGCGGGCCACUCUUUGAGGAGGAGCUGGAGUUCUGGGGCCUGGAUGCCAACCAGGUAGAACCGUGCUGCUGGAUGACGUAUACGCAGCAUCGGGACACCCAAGAAACUCUAGCAGUCCUAGAUCGGCUAGACUUAGACACUGAGAAGCCGACCGAUGAAGAAGUAGCCCGAAAGUUUGGCUUCGAAGAGGACUACAUGAAGGGGACGGUGUCGUGGUGGCAGCAUCUGAAGCCACAGAUGUGGUCGCUCUUUGAUGAGCCGUAUAGCUCUAAUGCUGCUAAGAUAAUCGGCGUCAUAUCUGUGUUCUUCAUAUGCGUGUCAAUAAUAUCGUUCUGUCUAAAAACUCACCCGGACAUGAGAGUGCCAGUGAUUAGAAACUAUACAGUGACGACUGCCAACCAAUCGCAGGGUUGGGCGUUGGACAAAGUGCAAACAAACGCCCACGUAGCGUUUUUCUAUAUAGAAUGUGUGUGUAACGCUUGGUUCACGUUAGAGAUCCUAGUGCGUUUCAUCUCAUCACCCAAUAAGUGUGAAUUCGUCAAAUCUUCCGUCAACAUCAUCGACUACAUAGCCACCAUGAGCUUCUACAUAGACCUGAUCCUUCAGAAGUAUGCGUCACACGUUGAGAACGCGGAUAUUCUGGAGUUCUUCUCUAUCAUUAGGAUCAUGAGGCUGUUCAAACUCACGAGGCACUCUUCGGGUCUCAAGAUUUUGAUUCAGACCUUCAGGGCAUCAGCGAAGGAGCUGACGCUGCUAGUGUUCUUCCUAGUACUGGGUAUUGUAAUAUUCGCUAGUCUGGUGUACUACGCGGAGAGGAUACAAACGAAUCCUCAUAACGACUUCAAUAGCAUACCGCUGGGGCUGUGGUGGGCGCUGGUGACGAUGACGACUGUUGGAUACGGUGACAUGGCGCCGAAGACCUAUGUUGGCAUGUUUGUCGGUGCGCUUUGCGCGUUAGCAGGCGUGUUAACCAUAGCUCUUCCGGUGCCAGUCAUAGUAUCCAAUUUCGCCAUGUACUACUCGCAUACACAAGCGAGAGCAAAGUUACCGAAGAAGAGGCGAAGAGUCAUCAAUGUAGAGCCUACGAGGCCACCUAUGCGUGCCCCAGUGCCAGGUGCUCCUAAUCCCUUAGCGCCAGGCAUGGGUCCCCAGGUAGUAAACCGCAGAAUGAAUGCCAUCAAAACCAAUCAUCCUAAAGACAUGAUAGGACCUAACAUGGUUGCAACUUUGAUGCCGGGGAUGGAUCUAUCGGUCACGACUCGUCUCUCUCCCAGCCCUCAAGGCAUGAGCCCCGCGCUGGCGAUUGCAAUUCCAAUGAUGAAAUCUGUAAAUAUAGUACCAUCUCAAUGUUUCGACAACAUGGCGUACCACAGUGAGAAAUCAGAAGAAAAAGAGGCGGAUAACAAUAAAGAAAGCAGUAAAAGCUGCAGCCGUCAGGAAUCUGUGGAAAGCGACAAUACUGUCAGAGUAAUGAACUUCAAAAAUGAUAUAUUUAUGGAUAAAGUGAAUGAAGAGAAAACAGACGCGCGCACGCCUCUGCUGAGGGAUCACAAGAUCGAGUCAUUGGAUGAAACGAAAUUAAGGGACAAUAAGACGGAGAAAAGGAAAUCGUCUGCUUCUACAUAA